AUGGAUAACUAUCAGAGGAUCGAAAAGGUCGGAGAAGGUACAUAUGGUGUCGUAUACAAGGCCAAGGAUCUCACACCGGGCGCCAACGGCCGCAUCGUUGCGCUCAAGAAGAUUCGUCUUGAAGCCGAAGAUGAGGGUGUCCCUUCCACAGCCAUUCGCGAGAUCUCGUUACUGAAAGAGCUUCGCGAUGACAACAUUGUCAGGCUUUUCGACAUUGUCCAUCAAGAGAGCAAGCUCUAUCUCGUCUUCGAGUUCCUCGACCUCGACCUCCGCAAAUACAUGGACAACGUCUCGCGGAAUCGGGGAGGCGAAGGCAUGGGUCCAGAGAUUGUUCGCAAGUUCACAUACCAGCUCAUUCGAGGUCUUUACUACUGCCACGCACACCGCAUCCUUCACCGCGAUCUCAAACCCCAGAACUUGCUGAUCGACAAAGAAGGUAACCUCAAACUUGCCGACUUCGGUCUUGCUCGCGCCUUUGGUAUUCCUCUCCGCACCUACACACAUGAAGUCGUCACCCUCUGGUACCGAGCUCCCGAAGUCUUGCUCGGCUCGCGACACUACAGCACAGCCAUCGACAUGUGGUCAGUCGGCUGUAUCUUUGCAGAGAUGGCAAGACGACAUCCUCUCUUCCCAGGCGACUCCGAGAUUGACGAGAUCUUCAAGAUCUUCCGUAUCCUCGGCACUCCCACUGAUGAUGUUUGGCCGGGCGUGCAGCAGUUGCCCGACUACAAGGACAGCUUCCCCAAGUGGUCAGGCAGGCCUUUGCGGGAUGCCGUUCCCAGUCUUGACAAAGCGGGGUUGAAUUUGCUGCAAGGCAUGCUCGUCUACGAUCCAGCAGGAAGGACCUCAGCCAAGCGCAGUCUUGUCCACCCUUACUUCCGACAGUUGCUCGCAUGA